AUGCACGUUCCAUCACCAAAACCUAACCAGCAUCGUGAAACAGUUCGUACUAUUCCGUAUCCCGUACAAGUCCCGGUCCCAGUGCGCGUACCGCAGCCAGUUACUGUACGAGUUCCGGAGCCGUAUCCAGUGCACGUGUCACAGCCAUAUCCCGUUUACAUUCCCCAGACGUAUCCAUCAGGCGGCGGCGUCGCCAGGAGACGUGAUCCUUGCGCGGACUACCGGAUGUGCGUCCAGGGUUACGGGCGCCGCGCCUGCUACCAGUACGAUACGUACGGUUGUGACUACGGCUACGCGUACGGCGGAGCUGAUUAUGGCAGAUACUCAGGCCCGUACGGUUUGGGGAUGUAUUACGGGGAUGCGGACUUUAAUUCCCCUGAUCUCGACUACAGCGACAUUAUGAGGAUGAGAACGAUGGGUUAUGGACGAGGGGCGAUGGGUUAUGGACGAGGGGCGAGGGGUUAUGGAGGGGGCAGAAUGAUGGGAAGGGGUGGGAUGUACGGCAGUCGCGGAAUGAGAUGGGGAACAGGAAUUGGUGGGGCAGGAUUCGGUUAUGGCGCUGCGCUAAGAGGACGUGGUGGUUUCGGUGUGCGCGGCGGAUUUGGCUCACGCGGCGGGUUCGGUAUGUCGGGGGGAAAUCAGGGACGCGGAUUCGGAGUGCGGGGUUGGGGCGGGUCGGCUAUGGGCGGCGCGGGAGGAAGAGGUGGCGGCGGUGACGGUGAAGGUGGCAGCGCUGGCGAGGGCGGCAGUGGCGGAUCCGGGGGAUCCGGAGGAUCUGGGGGGUCUGGGAGAGACUACUGGGAACAUGAUAACGACGAUUGA